AUGCGGGCGAUCGCUCCAGUCAACCGGAUCGGUGGAGUCCCGCCGCCGUUGUUCGGGGAGAUCUUCACUCUGCAGCCCGCAGCAGGAGCGAACCGGCCUGAUCCCCUCCGCUCUGACACAUCUCUCAAGGGAGUGUCAAUGCUGCCUUUAGUGUUGAUUGAAGGCUCUGAGGACACCAAGCACCACUGGCUCAACAGACCCUGCCUCCUGGUGCUCAAAGAUGGGGACAUGUCAAAACCAGGAUUGGGCUGCGGCCAAAUACGACCAGAAUCUCCGUCCAAGACCUCUUCAGAUGCGUCGGUCAGGAGCAGCUUUGGGCCAUGUGAGCAGAAACCAUCUGAAGAGCUGGCCAAAACUGCUUCACCCUCCCAGCUGGAGGAGGGCAGCUGCACUGUGACCGCCAUCUCCACAUGGGGUGAGAGUUGUUUCGGGGAGUCUUCCAGCCCCCUGGUGCUGAGCCCUGCCGAGGCUGCGUGGCCAGAGGAAGAGGAGAAGGCGGCGGAGGAGGAGAAAAGGAAGCCCCAGGUUCUCCCGUCAAAGGAGGACUCUGUGAUCGAGGAGAAGGAGCUGGAGGAGAGCAGACUGGAGCAGCAGGAGCAGUCCUGCAGCUCAGAGGCAACUGCAGCACCCUCCACUCUCUCACAUGGCGAGACACAUGGCAGGGAGCUCCAGAGCCAGUUUAAGAUGGUUAGAUCUAAUGGAGGAGAUGAGACAGACAGCUGCAAUGCCCAGGCAGCCAGUGGGGAGGGAGCGAUGGGGGACUGUGCAGCCUCCCCUAUAGAUCCUGACAAUGAGUCCGAGUUGAGCCCUGUUGGCAUCCUGUCCAAGGACCGUGGCACUGUCCUCGGGGAGGUCGCUCCACUGUGGGUCCCUGAUGCUCAGGCACAGGUCUGCAUGAAGUGUGGGGUCAAGUUUACGUUCACUAAGAGGAGGCACCACUGCCGUGCUUGUGGGAAGGUUUUUUGUGCACUUUGCUCCAAUCUGAAGUUCAGACUCACACAUCUGGAUGGCAAGGAGGGGCGAGUUUGUGUUUCCUGUCAUUCAACUCUCAUCAAAAGGACACCUCCAAGGGGGAAAAGGAGGGUGUGGUUUGCAGAUGAAUUCCUCAAUAAGCAGUCGGAGUCGGCUCCAACCACACCAGUCAGAGGGCCUACGUUCUCACCGCUGAUGAGACGAGCGCUGGGCGGGCCGGGUAAAAGUCCUGUGGGCUCACCACAGAUCAGGAGAGCCUUGCAGCCACAUGGGACGAAUAUCAAUGAGGCCUGUGGUCCUUACGGCUGGGGAACCACUGCUUUAGUGAGCAGCUCUGCCAACCUCAUCCCCCUGGAUGGGCUGCCACCUAUCCUCACCUCCACAGGAGUAAAAGGAGACUACACUGUGGAGGAGCAGCCCUCUGAGAUGUUGCUUAUUCAGGAGUUGGAGAGUGGCAGGCCCAAGCCCCUGGUGUUUGUCCUCAAUGCCAACCUACUUGCUAUGGUCAAGCUGGUAAACUAUGUUAACAGGAAGUGCUGGUGCGUGACGACAAAGGGGAUGCACGCCGUGGGCCAGGUGGAGGUGGUGGUGCUGCUGCAGUGCCUGCCUGAGGAGAAAAGCUUCCCCAAAGACAUUUUCAGCCACUUCAUCCAGUUGUACAGGGACACACUCACAGGAAAGGUUGUGAAACAUCUGUCGCUGUCCUUGUUUGGCAGUAGUUUCCUGGGCAGUGAAGAACAUGCAGGCUUCCUGUACAUUCGCUCCACUCUGCAGUCCCUUCAAGGUCUACCUCUGCCAAACCAGCCCUACCUCUUUGGCCUGCUGGUCCACAGAGCAGAGGUGGCCUGGGCCAAAGCCUUUCCCUUGCGUCUCAUGCUGCGAUUGGGGGCUGAAUACAGAUUUUACCCGUGCCCUCUGUACAGCGUGCGCUUAAGGAAGCCCUUGUUUGGGGAAAUAGGCCACACCAUAAUGAGAUUGCUAGUAGACUUUAGGAAUUACCGUUACAGCCUACCAAUGGUGCCGGGGCUCACUGUGGAUCUAGAGGCUCAGCGGACCUGCAUAAAGAUACCGACCACUGGGUAUAAUGAGCUAAUGAAGGCUUUGAAUAAGUCCAAUGAGCAUGUGCUGGCCAUUGGGGCGUGCUUCAAUGAGACUGCGGACUCCCAUCUCAUCUGCGUGCAAGGAGACGAUGGCCAGUACCAGACCCAAGCCAUCAGCAUCCACAAUCAGCCACGCAAAGUUACUGGAUCCUGCUUUUUUAUAUUCAGUAGUGCACUGAAAGCAUCUGCAGGAUACCUUGCCAAGUCCAGCAUUGUAGAAGAUGGGCUAAUGGUGCAGAUCACCGUGGAAACCAUGGCCGAGCUCCGCCGGUCGCUUCGGGAGAUGAAAGACUACACUGUCACCUGUGGACGGCUUGACCAAUCAGAGAGCCAGGAGCUUGUUUGUGUACAGUGGGUGGAGGAGAAAUGCACUGUGAAUAAGGGAGUUAUAAGUCCUAUCGAUGGAAAAUCCAUGGAGUCCAUCAGCAGUAUGAAGAUGUUCCAGAAGUCCGAAUACAAAGAAAAUGGGAAGAUCAUCCGCUGGACAGAAGUUUUCUUCCUGCAGAGGGGGGAUCAUGCCAAAGCAGGAGCGAGUGACUCCACUGAACACAACAGGCUAACUGAGCGGAUCGCCCGGGCGUUUUGCUUGGCACUGUGCCCACACCUCAAACUGUUGAAAGAGGACGGGAUGGCCAAACUGGGGCUGCGUGUCGCUUUUGAAUCUCAAGAGGUGGGAUUUGUGGCUGGGAGCAAUGGGCAGCCCCUCCCAGCUCAGUACCUCAAUGCCCUGGAUAGUGUGCUGAUCCCCGUCAUACACAGCAGGGGGCGCAAGAGGGGUGACGAGCCUAUCGUGAUGGAGCUAAUCUUUUACAUCCUGGAGAACAUCACUUAAGAGCGCACACACUCUAUACUAUUUCAUCUUUUUAACCCUGACCACAUCUCUGUCUCCGGCACGUCUCAGUAGUGCUGCCAUCGGUUUCAGGGCAAUAAAAGCAUUCAAAGGGCGAACCAGACCACAUCCAAGGUCUGCAUCCAUCUCAUCCACUCACGAGUAGAGAGAAGUGGUCUGACUCUUAGUGGUUUUCUGAUUUCACCUUGCCCUGCAGCAGACAAUCUGGGUACGCAUGAAACCUAGGAUGGACCAUCAGAUCAGGGUACUGCACUGUACAGUAGUAGCAACUUCAUAGCUUGAUAUCAUUCAUGCCACAAUGUUCACUACCAAUGUCCAUAUGGAGAAUACCUUUAAAGUGGAAGCUGGAUUCAGCCUCAUGACCUUAAAGCAAAGAGAAAAAGAGAAUGACUUGAAGUAGUGUAUGUAGUAGAUCUGUAGCAAUUUGAUGCACACCGAAUGAAUGCCUAGAGAAUGUUUUCAUACUGGAUGUAUUUUAAUUGACUGCUCAUGAAAUGUAAUGUCAGCUUGGAAUUAAACUUGCAACAAUGACUGAAUUACUGCCUGUUCAUCCAGGAUCCUCUGCACCCAACACUUUAUACUUUACAACCCAGAAGGAAAUACUACAUUUGUUAAGCAGCUGGUACUAUUUUGCAAAUACAAUUUUACACACAAAAUACACUCAGUAGCAACUCUAUUAGGCACACCAGUAAAAUCUAAUGCAAUCCAAUACAAGAGCUGAGCCAUAAUUUUGCCUUUACAAAGAUCAUAUUCAGUUUUGACUGACAGGGUCAGAGAGGUAUUUAUUUAACUCUGAGUAUUAUUGAGGUGGUGUUUAACUGGACUGUAUUAUGUCAGGAGGCAUCUGUAAUGUUUCGUCCACUCCAUAUACAAACACCUUUUAAUAUAAUGCAGUCAAAUACAAAAAUCCUUUC